AAGAAAAUAGGCGGUUGCAGAGAAAAGAAGAGGGAAAUAUUGGGUCUGUAAACGGUGGCAACGUAUCUACUGUAACUGUAUGUGCGAUACGACAGUUCGAGGAUGUUAAACGAGGAGAGCGACCGCCACCGAGGACAAAUCGAAGCUGCCCAGAUGGUGAAGCACGAACAGGAUGUGCAGCAGCUGAUUAGAUGCCAAGAAAAACGUCCCCUUCAGGUGGAAGGGGGUGCACUCUACGCUCACAUUAUAGAAAAAGGUGAGGAUCCAGAGCCCUCUUACGUUAAGGAAGAAAGGGAGGAGCUUGAGAUCAUCAAACUGCCUCUGACGGUCGUCUCGGUGAAGAGUGAGGAUGACAAAGCGCCCGAGUCACCUCAGCUCGCUCAUCACAGCCCAAGCAAAGAACAGCGUGGAAGAACACCACUUGACAAACUCAUAGCGCCACUGUCAGACAGCGAUGACCUUGAAGACAUGAACAAUGUGGACGGCGGGGGUGACAGCAAACCAUCAGAAGGCUCCGAGAAGAAGAUGGGUUUCAAAUGCUCGGUUUGUGGUAAAUCGUUUGCUAAAAAUGGCCCGAUGAUAAGACACAUGCGAACGCACACGGGAGAAAAACCCUUUACAUGCUCAGUUUGUAGGAAAGGCUUUAGUAAUAAGUCUGACAUGGUUCGGCACAUGAGAAUACACACAGGAGAAAAACCUUUCACUUGCUCUCUGUGUGAGAAAACAUUCACUCAUAAAGAAAGUUUGGUGGCACACAUGAGAACGCACACUGGAGAAAAACCCUUCAUUUGCUCUGUUUGUGGUAAAACUUUCACUCAAAAUUCGAGUAUGGUAGCACACAUUAGAAUACACACAGGAGAAAAACCCUAUUGUUGCUCAGUGUGUGGCAAAAGAUUCAUUCUAAAGCCAAACAUGGUAUCACACAUGAGAACACACUCGGGAGAAAAACCUUACUCUUGCUCGGUGUGCAACAAAUCAUUCUCCUUUAAAUCGUGUGUAGUAACGCAUAUGAGAACACACACUGGGGAAAAACCAUUUCGUUGCUCACUGUGCGGUGAAAGAUAUGCUCAAAGGGCCAACUUGACUGCACAUAAGCGGAUACACAAAGUGGAAUAAGGAUUUUAAAGGGAUCCAUGGAUAGAAAGACUUGUAGUUCUUAAAAGAAGAACAUUAUUUUCAAUUAAAAUAAUUUGAUAUGAAAACGCUUCUUGAGGUUUUCGUUUUUAUAUAAUUUGUAAAAUUAGUUUAACUAGGAGGUCCCCAUUGUUGUUGACAUCGCAGGGCGGUGACAUCAUACGGUUACGCUGCCGAGCUUCCACAGUUUGACUCUAGCGACAUAAACAUGUUAUCUGUUCAACCCUUUCAAUUUGAACCCGAGAGGAAUAUUAAUGAGCAUGACAGCACUGUCGUUAUUUCACAAAACGAAACAGUAAACGCAAAAUGAACAAGAAAGACAGGAUGAGAUGGGAUGAGGGGAGAAAAAAUUGUGUUCUGCCAAAAUGUGCUACACCGGCCAAACGUCUACAAGAGGCGAAUUUGACAUCCAAAGUACCACCAUGUGCUUUCAGCUUGUUUUGUUUAGAUGCAUACAGACAGAACAUACUAAAGAUACCUUAAGAAAAGACUUAAACGCAGCAAUACCAAAUAAGGGUGGUUUAAAUAUGCUGCGUGACUAAUGUGGUCAACAGAUCAACAAUCUUCUUUAAAUCUCCCACAAGAAAACACAAUGCUUAAAAGUAUGAGUGGGAAACAUGCAAAAAGGAUUUCGAGACAAUGAAAGACUUAAUAAAAACACAAGUAAUAAGUACUCGCCGCUUUUAACUGAUGUGCGCAUGUGUUGGACGCCUCGCCGCGUAGAAGGAAUUGCAGAAGACCGGUUGUGUUCGUCUAGUGAGUGACAAGCUACGUCAUCACCCCGAGCGUCCAUUGCGCGUAUAAAACAUGGCGCCUUCCGUAGGUCGAAAUGUGCUAAAUAUUAGAUUUUUUUUUAAUCAAUGGCAAUAUUUUAUGUUUCUAAUAACAUAUUUUAGUGAAAGAGAACAACUGUGGCUUAUUAGAGCCUACACAUCUAAGUUUAAGGUUCCCUUUAAAGUACCCCAACAUUGCUGCUAAUUUUUCCACAUACCGCAGUAUAUGUUUUAUGUACCCCAGGUCAUUCUCAAAAACUAAUACACAAUUUUGUCUGCUAAUUAACGUGUAUUUUAUGAGGAUUUAUUCUGAUAUUACCAUUUGAGCAUUGCUGCAAUGUCACACAGAGAAAUAUAAUUUUCCCCCUAAUGUUAAAAAAAAAAAAAAAAAAAACGGGCCCUACGCAUAAAGAGAAAAAAAAACACGCUGAACAAUUUUGGACAUUUCUUGAAUGUGUUGUGCUCUGACAAUCUCAAAAAACAAGAUUGUGUUCCACCACUGCUCUUAAAACAAGAAAAAUGAAGUGAUCAUUUCUACAUAAAAUAUACAUUGUGUAGAAAUUAAGUAGGGUCCUUUUAUCAGGGUUCCAAAAAAGUAAGAAGAAAAAGGGUUUGGAAAAUCAGCCUAACUUAUUUUACUAGGAGCACACUAGCUUCUUUUUUUUUUUUUUUUUUUUGAAUGAUAGCACAUUAUUUGUACAUAAAUCCAUCGAAAAAGUGACAGAAAAGGCUUAAUAAUCAAAUUAAAUCAUAAUUAGUGAAGAAGAAAAUAGUCAAUGUUCUCUUUUUACAGUUUCAUUUAUUCUCUUAAUGAAUAGGAGAUGACGACACACAAUUCAGGAACAAAAAGAAAGCAACAAUAACCUGAGAUAAAUACAUUAGUAAGGAAAGAGUAAUUAAUAGCUGGCCGGCCAGAACAAACAUCCCCGAGAACCAAAGAGCCGAGAGCUAAAAUUGUGCGUUUCCCGAUGCAUUGUUUUGGGUGGAAAUACUAUGAAUUUAAAGCUUUGAGUGCCAAAUUCGUUUUCUACAUCUAAAAUAAGUCAUUUUCAUUUUUUGACAUGGUCACCAUUUCAUAGGACAAUUCAAUGCUGUACAAAUGUUACUAGCCUACCCAUAUGGAUGUGGCACGCCAUGCCUGUGUUUGUGUAUUCCCUUCAAUGAACUCCUUAAAUGACUUCAACAGUUGAGGUAUUUUUCUGCUUUUUUUUAAAUUAUUGUCUUCAUUCAGUUUCUUCCUCACAAUUAAAAGCUAUUUUUUUACCCAAAAACAGCCUGUCUAAUUUAUUUUUUUUUGCAUUAUAUUGUUUUAGUUGUGCUUUUGUAUGGCUCUUCCUUUUGUCCAUUAACUCUCUAUGAACAACAUUAACUCUUUUGCGGUCUUUCCCGACAAAUUGUGUCCAAUCCAAUUUGCCUGAGAUUGGCUGCUGCCCUCCCAGUCAAAAUGGGACUGGAUGUCAACCACUGUUAAUGGCACUGAAACAAUUCACUUUGAACCUUCCAAGAUCAAAUGGAUUGGAUGUCCAUCGCCAUCAAGGGAAGUGAAUGAGGCUGAGUGUCGACUAUCAUUUAAUUUCACCUUUACUUAUUCAGGGAGGUCAAUCAAGAGCAAUCUGACUUUUUACAAUUGCACUUCAUUCGCCCCUCUCAGUCAAAAUGGAUCGCCCAUCUAGCAUCGUCAAUGGCAACCAAUGAGUUUAAAAUUGUCGAUGGAAAAACAAUGGUUAAAACUAGAUUUGUCCGAUAUUAUUGGGUAGGCAGAUAAAAGAAUUUUAAAAUAAUACAGGAUAAUAUCAACUUCGGUUUUUCAUUAUCGCUUUUUGGCCAAUAUGCAUGUUACCUUCAAAGUGAAUGUAGAAGCCAUGUGCCUUUGUACUAGGGCUGGUCACAGCUUAUCACAGCAGUAAUGCUUAUUGAUAUUGUGGAGCAAUAUAGGCACUCUUUCCAUAACUUCAGUUGAAAUUGUUCCCUUAUUUUUCACAGAAUGUUUAUUUGGAAAGCCUUGAAGUUGUUACUUUAUUCGAGCAUCCAGUGGGACAUGACAAUACAGUUAGCCAUAAUAUGUUAAGUCCACGACCACAUAUCUGGUUGUCGGUUUGAUAUUGGAUUUUGGGAGUUGGACAAUAUCGGGGUAUCGGUUACCGGUUAAAAAGUCAUUAUCAGACAACUAUACUUAAAAUAGUGCUGUUUAACAAAUUUUAAAAUUUAUUUCUAUAGUUUUAAGAUGCGUAGACUAUGGAGGUCAUUUGAGUACAGUUAAUUCAUUAAUUCAUCAAGAAACAUGAUUUGAGCAUUAUGAAGUGGCAUGUCUCAAUCAAAUAUUUUUUUACCAAUUGACUUCCACUGGAGUGUCCCUUUAAAUGUUAACCUCUCCAUUAGAUCAGUCAAUUUCAAAAUCAGCAAAUUUAUGUUUUGUUUGUUUUUUCUACUCACAAGAUUCUGAGCGUUAAUGGAACAGGCUCUGCCCUCUAUGGCAAGUACAAGGCUAGCUCAGAGGUACCCAAACUGAGGCCAUUCCCUCCUGCCCAUUGAUGUGUGCUUCAUGUUCU